UAGCUAGUAAUUGUACAAGAAGGGUUUUAAAUUUAUCUCUUGAAUUUCAAAUAUGAAAUGAAAUAAUAUUUGAUAACACAUUCGUAAACCCGCGUCACGAAAAAAUUAAUCUUCGGAUUACAUAACCGAUCGAAGAAUAUGUGACCACUUGUUUCACAUAAUUAUGUAUCUUAAUAAUUUGUAUCUGUCAGUAUUCUGGUUGCAUCGCAAGUUUUUAACGUCAAUAGUGGGAAGUAACAUUUUCACAAUGUCAUGCUUAUCUUACAUUUUGUGCUUGGAAAAUCUAGUUCCAUGUUCAAUAUCAAACUAAGACGACAUUGUUUAAACUACUAUUUUCAUUAUAAUAAAAAUUACCCAUUUUCUGAUAAACUCAAAUAAUUAUUAUAUAACUAUAAAAAGAACUAUGUCUGGUACUAUAAUAUUAAGAAUGAAGAAGGAUGAAGAAAAUAAUGCAAGUAAUUCAGCUGUAAAAGAAGUAACUGGAGUACCAGUAACAAUGAUGAGGAGCGCUAAGCACAAUCUUCACAGUAGCAUUUUUCACCCUCUCUUACGAGAAUGGCAAUCUAUGAGUACAACUAAUUUCACUGCUUGUAAUCUUAUGCUACCUAUAUUUGUAUCUGACAUAGAACAUACUGAACGCAUUGAAAGUAUGUUUGGUGUAUAUCGUUUUGGAGUUUCCUCGUUAAUAUCCCAUUUGACACCUUUAAUUAAGAAAGGAUUGAAGUCUAUUCUCUUAUUUGGUGUGUUACGCCACCUAUCAAAGGAUACUAUUGGUAUUCAUGCCGACAGUAAAGAGAAUCCUGUUAUCAAAGCUGUAAAGAUACUCAGAAGUCAUUUCCCCGAUUUGGUAAUAGCGUGUGAUGUUUGUCUAUGUCCAUAUACAUCUCAUGGACACUGUGGUAUUAUCGGAGAAGAUGGUUCUAUAGAUAACGAAGCGAGCAUUAAACGAAUCGCUGAAGUUGCUCUUGCAUAUGCAGAGGCUGGCGCCCAUAUUGUUGCACCGUCCGAUAUGAUGGAUAGUAGAGUGGCUGCAAUAAAACAGGCUCUAACGCUGAAAAACUUAUCGCAUAAGGUAGCAAUCUUGUCUUACUCCGCAAAGUUUGCGUCAACACUUUACGGCCCUUUCCGAGAGGCAUCGUUAAGCGCUCCGUCAACAGGCGAUCGUCAAUGUUACCAAUUACCUGCGGGUAGCGCCGGAUUAGCAGUUAGAGCGGCCAGAAGAGAUGUAGAAGAAGGAGCGGACAUGCUAAUGGUGAAGCCAGGACUGCCUUACUUAGAUAUAGUGAAACGUGUAAAGGACGCUCAUCCCGAAUAUCCUUUAUUUGUAUACCAAGUCUCAGGAGAAUACGCCAUGUUGCAACAUGCUGCAAACAAUAAAGCGUUCAACUUACUGAAUGCAGUGAAGGAGACAAUAACUUGCAUGAGAAGAGCUGGUGCCGAUUGCAUCAUAACGUAUUUCACUCCUAUGCUUUUGGAUGCAUUGAACCAACAAGCCAAAUAUUAGAAUUCAAUUGUUAGGAGUGUGAGACUAAGUUAAAUUAUAUUUUAUUUGCUCGAUAUUCAUUUGGAAAAGUGCCAAAAAAAAAAAAAAACAGGCACGUUAUAGGUGUAGAAAAUGAUUUCUAAUAUAUGAAUAAAUCUGCACACUUCCGCAUAUUAUUUUUUUAUGGGAACAGUAAUAAUUAAUGUGACAUACAAGAUUAUAGAUUAAUGAUUUGUAAUGAUUGAUUUGUUGCAAUUGUAAAAAGCUCAUUGUUACAUAUAUGUGUUUGUUAUGAAUUGUUAAAUAUAUUGUUAAAUUAAGUUUUGCAAAUCCCGCCGAGAUUAGCGCAUGGCAGAUAAUUGUGUUAAAAGCAGAGUCAGUGAAAUAAUAAUGCGAGACGAUCCGCUGAGUAAUACGUGUUCCGUUUAACCCACUACCUGAGAUAACGGACGGAUACCGUUAGGCGGGAAAGGUGUCACGGAUGCGUGCGUGUGUGCAUACAUGUGUGCGUGCGAAGCGUGACUGGACUGAUGUAGAAUCUUUGAAUGCUUGUUCCGUGUUUGCUUUGUACAAUUUCGGAAAAUCAAACAUGAUAAGUCGGAAGUAUUUUUAUAUUUUUAAAUACAUCCAGUAAUUACUACAAAACAGAUUACUGUAUAAUUGUUAACAAAUCACGUGCCAAUGGAUGGAUAUUGUAAUAAGGUAGCAGUAAAGUGGCUACUUACAAUAUUAUUUUUUCCUUAUCAAGUGAUAGUGGACACAAAAGUGGAAAGAACAGGAAUCAUUGUUUUUUGAGUAAAUAUUUUUGCCAACUUAAUGUUACGACAUGUUUGACGUUGCUUACAAAAUAUAUGUAUAGUGGAUUGCAAAAUAAUUUCGACACAAUGAAGUUGGAACCUCACCAAAUUCUCAAAAUUAAGUAAUUACACAAUAAUAUAAUUAAGAGCACACUAUGAUAAAUAAUAAUUGCUAAUAAUUAAUAAUUAUGUUAAUAAUAUAAUUACUAGGCAAGCCUGUCAUAUGACUCUUAAUUUUGACAGUUUGGUGGAUGACCAAUUUCAUUGUGUCUGAACCAUUUUGCUAAAUCGUGUGUGUGUGUGUGUGUGUGUGCGCGCGCGUGUGUGUGUGUGUAUACAUAUAUAUGCUCUAUAUCAAGUUUUCCAAUUGUAAAUUAUGCGUCAAAAUAUUUUUAAAAACUGCAAUUGAAAUUAUUUUUUGUAAUUAUUUUCUACUUUCUAUGUUAUAGGUACUUUCUAUGUACAUUUGAAAUUAUCAAUAAAAUGUUAUGGAAGGCUA